GCGGAGCGGGCCGGCGGGUUCAUGGAGGGCGCGGACGGGCGCGCGGAGGAGCGGGCGCCGCUGCUGGGCGCGCGACGGGCCGCGUUCGCGGGCCGGCGGCUGGCGUGCGCGGCGGUGUUGCUGACGGAGCUGCUGGAGCGCGCCGCCUUCUACGGCGUCACCGCCAACCUGGUGCUGUUCCUGAACGGCGCGCCCUUCGGCUGGGAGGGCGCGCAGGCCAGCCAGGCGCUGCUGCUCUUCAUGGGCCUCACCUACCUGGUGUCGCCGUUCGGCGGCUGGCUGGCCGACGCGCGGCUCGGCCGCGCGCGCGCCAUCCUGCUUAGCCUGGCGCUCUACCUGCUCGGCAUGCUGGCCUUCCCGCUGCUGGCCGCGCCCGCCACCCGCGCCGCGCUCUGCGGGACCCCGCACCCCACGCGCGUCCUUAACUGCUCGGCGCCGUCCUGCCUGGACGCGCCCACCCGCUACUGCGCGCCCGCCGCGCUCGGGGCGCUCGCGGUGGUCGGCCUGGGCGUGGGCGCCGUCAAGGCCAACAUCACGCCCUUCGGCGCCGACCAGGUUAAAGAUCGGGGCCCGGAGGCCACGCGGAGGUUCUUCAACUGGUUCUACUGGAGCAUCAACCUGGGCGCUAUCGUCUCGCUCGGCGGCAUCGCCUACACCCAGCAGAACGUGAGCUUCGUGGCCGGCUACACCGUGCCCGCCGUCUGCAUCGGCGUCGCCUUCCUCAUCUUCCUCUGCGGCCAGAGGGUCUUCGUCAGCAAGCCGCCCGACGGCAGCGCCUUCACCGACGUGUGCCGGAUCCUGGCCUACUCUUGCCGCCCCCAGAAGCGCCCCGGAGACGGCGAUCGCGGGGGUGAAGGCAGUGGAGGCUUUCUGCACUCUUCUAAACACAGUCUGUUUGAUUCAUGUAAGAUGUCCCGUGGAGGGCCCUUCACGGAAGACAAAGUGGAAGACGUGAGAGCCCUGGUCAAGAUUGUCCCUGUGUUCUUGGCUCUGAUACCGUACUGGACGGUGUACUUCCAAAUGCAGACCACGUACGUCUUGCAGAGCCUUCACUUGCGGAUUCCAGAGAUCUCCAGCAUCACAGCCGCCACCCACACGUUCCCGGCCGCCUGGCUCACCAUGUUCGACGCGGUGCUCAUUCUGCUGCUCAUCCCCCUCAAGGACAAGCUGGUGGACCCGGCCCUGCGGCGGCGCGGCUGGCUGCCGUCGUCCCUGAGGAGGAUUGCCGUGGGCAUGUUCUUCGUCAUGUGCUCCGCCUUCGCUGCCGGGAUCCUGGAGAGCAAGAGGCUGGACCUCGUGAAGGAGAAGACCAUCAACCAGACCAUCGGGGAGGUCGUGUACUUCGCGGCCGACUUGCCCAUAUGGUGGCAGGUGCCCCAGUACGUGCUGAUUGGCGUCAGCGAGAUAUUCGCCAGCAUCGCAGGCCUGGAGUUCGCGUAUGCGGCCGCACCCAAGUCCAUGCAGAGCGCCAUCAUGGGCCUCUUCUUCUUCUUCUCCGGCGUCGGGUCCUUCGUGGGCUCGGGCCUGCUGGCGCUGGUGUCCCUCAAGGCCAUCGGCUGGAUGAGCAACCACACGGACUUCGGCAACAUCAACGGCUGCCACUUGAACUAUUACUUUUUCCUCCUGGCCGCCAUCCAGGGCGCCACGCUGCUGCUCUUCCUCGGCGUCUCGGUGAGAUACGACCGGCAGCGGUCGCGGGCCGGCGGGACGGGGCCGCCCGCCAGCAGGAGGGCCUGACCGCCUGACGCCCUGCCGGCCGGGGAGGAGCUGGGCCUGCGGAGCCCGGCAGUGUCCCCUCCACGCCCCUGGCACCUGGCCUGGGUCGCCUCCCUCCCCCGACGGGCCAGGCCGCUGCCUUCCCGCGGCCCCGUGCUGUGCGGGGCGGUUCCCGUGCGGGAGUGUCCGUCCGCAGCUGGCUCUGACAGGGGCCGCGGGGCCCUGGGCCACGGCUCGCGCAUUCACGGGCCUCCUCGCGAUUCACGUGUGCGUCCGCACCGCCUCCCGCAGCCACGCGCGCCGACGGGCCUUCCUCUCUGACUGAUGAGCGUCCACUCACAGCGAGGCUGGGAGGGCGUCGGAGAGCAGGGCGCGGCCGGGCACCGCGCGGACUCCGCCAGGGCCCCGCGUGGCUGCCUCUGGGAGCCGUCGGCCCGGACGCCCUGCGCAUAUUUAUCUGCCGCUACAAGCGUGCUUCUUUUUUAAACCGUUGAUGCUUUUUCUUUUAAGUAAGCGAGAACAUAAAUCAAGAAAUAUUUAAGUCCGCGUGUUCUCCCCAAGCUGCAAAACAAGUUAAAGAGCGUUUCCGACCUUGCCUUGUGGGUCCUCUGCGUGAUCGCUUCUUGGGAGCCCGAGACGGGAGCCCGGUCGCGGUCGGGGAGCUGCCAGGAGAGGUUCUUCCGAACAAAAUUAACAUAAUCGAGUGUUAAAUGUGAACCUGAGCUGUGUGACUAGCCAUCGCCAUUUGUAUAGUUAUUUUACAUAUAUGUCAGGAUUCUGAUUUUGUUAAAUAAACUA